AUGGUUGCCGAUCUUGGAGCGGCAGCGACGGUUGUCGGUCUUGAGGAGGCAGCCACGGUGGUUGCUGUCUUGGAGAGGCAGGCACGGUUGCUGUCUUGGAGAGGCAGCCACGGUUGCCGGUCUUGGAACAGGUCCGGGUUGUUGGUCAAUCGCUACAAAGGGAAAUGUAUCCGAUCAUUACAGGAUAAACGUCUGCCCAACUGUCGCGAAAACGAGACCAAGAGCUACGAAAAUGUAGAAAAUUUAAUAGGUAUCUUGGCAUUCACCUUAAAUGCCUUGGUCAUCUACACAUGUGUGCGACACUGGAACUCUUUGAUUAUGUCAGAUUAUUACAUCCUUAAUCUCGCAUGCAGUGAUGUUCUCUUGCCUAUAAGCGCAUUCCCUCUUCCUAUUUUUUCUUCAUUUUAUCAUCGUUGGAUGUUUGGUGAAAUUGGUUGUGUUAUAUAUGGUUUUCUUGGCUUCUUUUUCGGCGUUGUCAGCAUUACUACAUUAACAAUCAUGGGUUUCACCAGAUAUAUCAGCAUUUGUCACCCAAGCAUAAAUUUAUCUGGUCAAAAAUUCCGCCGAUGUACAAUCAUUUUACCAUAUGUCUAUGCCUUAGUAUGGUCAAGUUUACCACUGAGUGGAUGGGGUUCGUACUCGCUGGAAUCCUACGGAACAUCAUGCACCUUACAGUGGAACGAAAACAGAGCUUUCAUUACGAUGAUGUCUUUGUUUUGCAUAUUCACCCCAUCUGUGAUCAUAUUCUUUGCAUACAGCCUUAUUUUGCUCAAGUGUCGAAACAGUAAUCGUAAUGUACGGGAAUGGCAAAGGAGGACACGGAAAAUGUCGAGAAAGGAGUUUUUUCUUAUCAAGAUCACAUUUGCAAUGUGUUGGGGAUUUCUGUUAUCGUGGAUGCCUUAUGCUAUUGUAUCAAUGUGGUCUGCUUACGGUGACGUCAAUCUUUUACCGAUUAGAUUCACUGCAACAGCGGUGCUUAUGGCAAAAUCAUCAACUGUCGUUAAUCCUAUAAUUUACUUUCUAAUGAGUAAGAAGUUCCGGCCAUUAUUACUGCGCUCACUGAACUUAUCAGAUUUACGAAUGCGUGCAUCAAACUUAAGUUCUUGGAAAGUGAUAUCUGAACUAUUUCCAAUAAAAAAUAGUUCAGCAACCGGAAGUUCGAAUACUACAAGUGACUCCUCAUUUUCAGGACCAAGAUUUCUUGUUCGAGUAAAACAGGCACACAUAGAGGCAGGUAGUGACGUACAACUCUGAUGAGUCAUGUGUGAAAAUAUCUUCCAGAAUUGAAAUAAAUACAGACAAAGAAUGUAUUAAAACAGCGUUACACAACGAGUUAGUUUUUCAGCAUGAUACAUGCAUGUAUUAAGUAAUAUAGUUGUCUGUUUCGAAGGCUAAAAUGACGGAGACAUUUUCUCUGCAUUUGUGCUUGUCUAAAGAAAAUUGUAAUAUACAUGAGAUGAAAGUGUUAAAAAUCAUUUGACUAAUUGGAGGGUAACACAAAAUGUUGUAA